AUGCGAGGUGGUAUUAUCCUAUUUCAGGUGGCGUCCAUAGUGGACUUUAACUUUGAUGGAAACCCUAAAUCCGACGCCCAAACCUGUUGCAUGAUCGAGCACAAUUUUCCUAAGGAACCCUUCGCCAAAUGCUACGAAAAGUUCGUGAAAGAGACUAAUCGUGACGUAGACAACGAUUUGCUUCUGUGCAUCCACCAGUGCUACUAUGGCGCUAUUGGUAUGUUUUCCAACGAAGGAAAGUUGGUGACGGGCAAGUACCGAGAGUACCGUGGUAGUCUCGAGCCGGCCCUGCAGAAACCGUUCACGUGGGCGAUCACGUUCUGUGCCGCCGCUGUUUCGAAAGCCCUUGAAGAUCCGUCAAUGAGGAAGCGCUCCCGAUGUAACCCGGUCGCGUAUAUUUACAACCGUUGCCUCGCCGAAACUAUUAUGGUCAACUGCCCUGCGGAUCGGUGGAUAAAUGCUACACUUUGCACGAAAGUAAUAUCAAAGUUACAGCAAAGGUAUGGAAAGGGCAUUCUCUUGUCGACGAAAGUGCAACCAUCCCAGAACGGGUGA